GUACACAGAUGAUGGAUAAUCGAUUUCACAUUUAUUUAUAUUCAUUAUGUCUUACGAAUGUUAAACAUGCCUUACAUAGUUUAAAAUAUGCUGCGAUAAGAAAUACACCAGCCACAUGUUUAUACAUGAUGAUCGACGUAUACUUACUUGACUUACUUUAAAAGUGGACUACCUGACCAUUGAUUGUAAGUAGAGAAAAUGACAAAUUUCAGCAUGAAAAUAUAUUGUGCGUUACGUGGCGGCGAUAAAUCGGACAAGAUAGAAAGCCCCUUACAAUCAACUAUAGUUCUAUCCAUCGCCUUUUUCUUCGUGUUUUCGGCCUUCAUGUCGAUCCAGGCGUUACAGAAUAGCUUGAACAUGGAAGCAGGACUAGGAGUGAAGUCACUAGCAUGUUUAUACAGUGCUAGCAUAGUGUCGUCACUACUUGCACCGUUCUGUAUUAAAGUUCUUGGUGGAAAAAUUACAGUGGUUGCAGCGUUUUCUUGCCAUUCUGUUUAUGUAAUGAGUAACUACUAUCCACGGUUUUACACUUUGAUUCCUACAUCAGUACUUUUAGGAUUAGCUACAGGUCCAUUAUGGACUGCGCAAAAUUUGUUUAUCACUGCUAGUGCUACCAGAAUUGCAGUGAAAAGUAAUAAAAACUUAAAAGAUGUUCUGAAUCGACAUAACGGAAUUUUUUUCUCUAUUCAAGGAAUGGCUUUCGCCAUUGGAAGUGUCGUUUCUUCUUUAAUUUUUCAUACAGAUACAACCUUAGCAUCCGGAAACGUUACCAAAUAUUGUGGCACUUUAGAAUGCGACAGCUACACUCAACCAAUCACGUCUAAUAUAUCUUUUAUAAGUGUAACUAGACCAUCGCCUCAGUUACUUCAUCAACUUUUCAGUGUUUACCUAGCAUUUGACAUUAUUGGUGUUGUCAUAGCAGUAUUAUUAUUACCUACAUUACCAGUGAGUGAAUGGAUAAAAAAGAAAAGUGCUUUAAAAUCUGUGUAUUCCAUGUGUUCAUCAUUAUCGAACGUUAAAUUGGUUUUAUUUCUACCCUUAACUGUUAUGGUUAAUGUACAACGCUUUGUUUUAUAUGCGGAUUUUACAAAAGCGUACAUUACAUGUCCAUUCAGUAUUGGAUGGGUAGGAUUAGUCAUGGCGAGUUAUGCAUUAACAAAUACAAUUAUGCUACAAAUUUUACAAGGAAUAGCAAAGUUGAUCAAACGCCAAAUUCUAGUAGCAUUCGCAGCCAUUGUUAAUCUAGCGGAAAUGACGUUUUGGUUAUUUUGGAACCCAACAGCAGAUCACCUUCCUUUAGUAUUUGUUUCAGUCAUUUUAUGGGGAGUGACAGACGCAAUAUGGAAACUUGAAAUAUUUGGCAUUAUACCAGUAUUGUUUUCUACGAAGAAGGAACCAGCUUUCGCCAAUGUUCAUUUUUGGGGAGCUUUCAGUAGUGCGAUCUAUUUUGGAACAGCAAGCUAUCUUUGUGUCUUUACAAAACUCGUCAUUUGUAUUGCUUUAAUGAUUAUAUCGAUGCUGCUAUAUAUAGUAUUACAAAUAAAACUGGCCAGGGAACAGUCACCAGAUAGACCUACAGAACAAGAAAUCAACAUCGAGGAGAAGGAAAAACUUAAAAACCAGGAAACGUCUGCGGACGGAUAACGGCUGUUCAACGAAUCAAUCUAACAUAUAAUAAACUGUUUUAAAUAUC